GACAGGUGGCGUGUGACGGAUAGCAACAAAGAUUGUUGUUCGAAGAUAAACAUAUACGAGUGUUAACCUUCACAGAGAGAUCUUGUUUGCUUUACAUUUACAAUGGACCACAGAAGCCAUAUGACAUUAAUUGGUGCCGAAAGUCGGCUGAGUUUCGACGGAAAAACAGAACCUUCAAGUCCAAUAGAUAAAAUUGGAAUUGGUGACAAGACCCCGUUUUCCCGUUGUAGUAGUACCAGCAGCAUUCACACUCUUUCUUCCUCUGCACAAAAUACAGAUGAUGAAGACAGUGAUUGUAAAAGCACAAAAAGUUACAAGGAGAGAAGACGAGAGGCCCACACUCAGGCAGAGCAAAAGAGAAGGGAUGCUAUCAAGAAAGGUUACAGCUCUCUGCAGGAUCUAGUACCGACAUGUCAGCAACAAGAUCCAAUCAGUGGAUAUAAACUGAGUAAAGCAACAGUUCUUCAACGAUCAAUUGAUUACAUUCAGUUCCUCCAGCAACAGAAAAAGAAGCAGGAAGAAGAACUAUCAGCCUUAAGAAAAGAGGUUAUUGGUCUCCAAAUCAUGAAAAGUAACUAUGACCAAAUUGUGAAGGCAAACCAGACUCAGGCUGGACAAUCUGAGAAUAGAGUACCUGAUGAGAUGAAAUUCCAAUUGUUCCAAACUAUAAUGGAAAAUCUUUUCCUGACAUUUGAUUCCAUGGUCUCUGCUGCAAGCUUUGUUGACCUGUCGAGUAAUGUCUUUUCCUGGGUUGAGGAGCAUUGCAAACCACAGAGUUUGAAAAACUUGGCAGUGAGUGUACUUCAGACGCUCGUGACUGGGUCCAAUUGAGUCCAGCCGAUAAGGAUAAACACCAUGAACCAGCUUGUCAAUAUGCCACACAACUUCCGAUCAUUAUUGCCGUAAUCCCAGCACUUUGCGCCAGAGAUCACUGGGAAAAAAUAUUACACGUCCUCAAGGGGCUUGCGAGAAACCGCCAAAGAAAUUUCUAAACUCAACCGAUUGCAAUGUUUUAGUCUGUGUAAAGUUGUGUUAUUAUCCGGAAUAGAAUUUAUAUCGUACUUUC